UAAAUGCCGUGUUCGGCGCGUGCGCAUCUCUUUCCUUUUUCGGCUUCCCUACGCUGCAGCUGGUAUUGAGAGUCCUCGCUAAGCCUCCGGGGCCGUCGCCAUGGUGAAGCUGAGCAAAGAGGCCAAGCAGAGGCUGCAGCAGCUUUUUAAGGGCGGCCAGUUUGCUAUCCGCUGGGGCUUUAUUCCUCUCGUGAUUUACCUGGGGUUCAAGAGGGGUGCAGAUCCUGGAAUGCCUGAACCAACUGUUUUGAGCUUACUUUGGGGAUAAAGGUCAUCUGGAUUUGGAAGCAAUCAAUGGACAGGAACAACAUGGAAGGUGUGCGCUCUGGCUGGGAUAAGAGAUGGGACGUCGUUCAGACAUUCACCAGUUGAAUGGCACAGGGCUCUUCUCAGAUGAAUCUGUGGCAGAGUGGAACCUCUCCUGACUUAUUUAUCAUAGACUGUACCAAAAUAAAUGUUUUUAACAGUGUUA